AUGUCUGAGCAGCCCUUUCUAGGAUCCACUCUGCUCACCCUGAAUGGGGAAGGGGCUAGAAAAGGUGCCCUAAACAUAGUCUGCUUCAAACCUGCCUGCCUGGAAAACCGCAUCCAGGGGGCCACACCACUUUGCGGUCGAAGAACUAUACAACUUAAAUUUGGAACAUGGAAUGUACGAACACUACUAGAUGAAAAUGAAAACAGACCCGAACGCAGAACUGCCUUUGUUGCUAGGGAGCUCCAUAGACUUAAUUUAGAAAUAGUGGCACUUUCUGAGACUCGUAUCGCUGGUGAGGGACAACUGUGUGAAGGUGGUGGCUACACAUUCUUCUGGAAGGGACAGGAACCUGGAACACCAAGACAGCAUGGUGUAGGUUUUGCUGUAAAAAAUUGCAUGCUUUUCAGUUUAACAGAGUACCCAAGUGGCAUAAAUGAACGCCUAAUGACACUCAGACUAAAUCUUGAGGGAAAUAAACAUGCCACAGUGAUCAGUGCUUAUGCUCCAACCCUUCUUGCAGAGGAUCAAACAAAAGAAUUAUUUUAUGCUGCUUUAGACACAGCUCUCACAGCUAUCCCAAAUGAAGACAAAGUAAUCUUUUUAGGUGACUUUAAUGCCAGAGUAGGGCGAGACAGUGACAUCUGGAGAGGUACAAUUGGAAAAGAGGGUGUUGGCAAAAUUAAUGCAAAUGGAACACUCCUACUCUUGAAGUGUGUAGAACAUGAUCUGGUAGUAACUAAUACUCUUUUUAGGCAGAAAAAUAAACUUAAAACCACCUGGCAACAUCCAAGAUCUAAACAUUGGCAUCUCUUAGAUUACAUUAUAGUAAGAUCCGAAGACUGCUGGACUGACCACCGCCUGGUAUACUCUUGUAUUAGGAUGAAGAUAUUGACUAAAAAGAGAAACGCGCAUGCACUAAAGCGACUGAAGUUCAAUAUUGAUUCACUUAAGAACGACUCGAAUAAACUUGAACUUCAGCGGUGUCUCGCUAAUAAAUUAGAACAGGAAUAUCCACCCAAUAUUGUUGAUCACUGGAGUAGAUAUAAGGAUUCCAUAAUCAGCGCAUGUAAAGAAUCUGUUGGUCUGAAGAAAUACGAACAUCAAGAUUGGUUUGAUCAGAAUGAUGCAACUAUUCAAGAUCUUAUUCAAAAGGCCAGAAAAUAUCUGUUUGAACAUCUGAAUGACCCAAAGUCUGAAACAAAGAAGAAAAUACACCACACGGCAAAAGCUCAGAUACAAAAUGCCACAAGGGAAAUGAAAAAUAAGUGGUUGACAGACAAAGCAAAUGAGCUCCAAUCCUUCUUUGACAGAAAUGACAUGAGAAGCCUUUUCAGUGGAAUGAAAACUAUAUUUGGGCCAAGUUCCCAAGGGCUAGCACCCUUACGUAGUCAAGACGGCACUCGACUCCUUAAAAACAAUAAUGAAAUCCUGUCUCGUUGGAAAGAACAUUUUGAAGAACUACUUAAUAGAGACCCUGUGAUAGACGAGGAUGUACUACAACAACUCCCUCAUCUCCAACUGGAUAUGACACUUGCAGUGGUACCAACUCUAGAGGAAGUGGAGUUGGCUAUCUUCUCUAUGAAGAACAACAAAGCUGUGGGACCCGACAACAUUCCUGCCGAAAUAUAUAAAUAUGGAGGACCAACCUAA